UAGUAACUAGAGAAUCACCUUGUCCACUCUCCGUCCUCUUUACGAGUUUAUUAUAAUAAUCUUCCAUUCACUGAAAGUCAUCUUCUCCAGAGAGAAAACAAAACAAAUCUCUCUCUCUCUAAACUUUCGUACACUUGUUCUUCUUCUUCUGAAACCAUUUUUCUGAUCGUUCCUUCUUCUUCUGAGCGAGUGAUGGGUGUGACCAGCCGGUGUUCCCACACUUCUCACAUCACCGAAAUCAUCAUCACCAGCUUCUUCCGCCACAAGCUUUAGAAUCCUCUUUUUCGCAGUGAAAUCCAGACGAAGAAAGUUCGAAAUUAGGGUAAAUAUUCAUUGGGGGGAGUUUUGAGCGAUUAUGGCGGGUGGGAGGAUCUUCGGAGGAGGCGCUGCUGGUGGAUCUUCUUCUUCUUCGAGCCUCGGUCUUUUGCUUCAGAACAACAAAAGGACUGAGCCUCUCGAUUCUCUCUUCCUUUCUGGCUCUUGCAAUUCCUCUUCUUCUUCUCCUUCUUUCUUCGCUUCAAGAUCCAUGAUGAGCUUCGAAGAUGUUCAUGGAGGGAAUGGAUCGAACAAGACGUAUUUUCGGUCAUUUGGUGGUGGUGACGAUAUUGUGGACGAUGACUUUGAUGAGUAUUUCCAACAGCCGGGCAAGAAGAGGCGGCUGAGCGUUGAGCAAGUCCAGUUUCUGGAGAAGAGCUUCGAGGUCGAGAACAAGCUCGAACCGGAGAGGAAAGUCCAGCUCGCCAAGGACCUCGGAUUGCAGCCCCGCCAGGUUGCGAUAUGGUUUCAGAACCGCCGCGCGCGGUGGAAGACGAAGCAGCUGGAGAAGGAUUAUGACGUUCUGCAAGCCACCCAUAACACCCUCAAGGAUGAUUACGAGAGCCUGCGCAAGGAGACUGAUAAACUAAAAGCUGAGGUUCAUGUCCUGUCAGAGAAGUUGCAAGAAAGAGAGAAAGAGAAGGAGAACUUGGAACUGUCUGAGAACUCCAACAAGUUGUCUCAAGAACCACCGGAAAAGCCAAUUGCAGAUUCAGAGGGUGAGGUCUCCAAAGUUUCAGCUGUGGAAGAUAUUAGCUCAUCAGUUAAGAGUGACAUAUUUGAUUCCGAUAGCCCACGUUUCAACGAGGCGGUUCACUCCAACUCGCUGUUGGAGCCUGGGGAUUCUUCAUAUGUGUUUGAAGCCGACCAAUCCGACCUCUCCCAAGAUGAAGAAGAUAAUUUGCCUUCUUACAUCUUCCCGAAGCUGGAAGACGUCGAUUACUCCGACAAGCCUACAAGUUCAUGCAAUUUUGGAUUCCCUGUUGAAGACCAUGCCUUUUGGUCCUGGUCUUACUAGGUUUCUUAUGGUAAAUAUAUCUGUUUAUAUUAAGGUUAUCUUGUUUUUGUUCAAAGCAUGUUAAAUAGCUAUAUUUCUGGCAAUAAAUAAAUCUCAUGAUCAAUGGCACCCCGAUCCUGAUGCGGUGGUGGGUUUUGGUUUGAAUCAACAAAUUUUGUGCCAUUGCCCCUUUCUGUAAUCUUGUUCUUAUUUUGUUCUUUGUUGGAGGUUCUAGUGUUUAAAUGAAACUUCUGCUUUUGUUGGUUGUCAAUGCAAUUGAAUAAGAAUAAUUGUGGCUA